AUGACUGAAUCAACGGACACUACAACAAAUUAUAGACAAAGUGAUCAUAAUAGCGAUGAUGAUCCAAUCGAUUGGUUUAUGGUAUUAAACCAUCAAAAAGAACAUAUUGGUGAUGAUUUUGGACUGUUUGAUGACGAUGACGAUAAUCUAACCUUAUUUGAUUUGAAAUCUAUACCUAAACCUGAUCAUGAUUUAAGUGUAUUCGAUGAAUUAGAACAUCAAUGUGAUGCUGUUUUACUUGCAACAAACUUUCAACAAAAAAAAACAAUAUCCAAAAUUAAUAAUAAUAAUUCUUAUUUAUCCAGUCAAAUGACAACAACAAUGAUGAAUGAUUAUGAACGACGUUUUGAAUGUUCACUUCAAAAAUUAACUAUACCUUCAUGGUAUAUGGAUCCUGUUUCAUCACCUAAAAUAGCAAGUAAACCAAUCAUUAUUUCAACAAAUCAUGUUAGUAAAGAAUCUCAUCGUACUCCGGAAAUAGUUCAUGUACAACGUCCACGUAGUUAUCGUUCAUGUCGUUCAUCAUUAGGAACAUCACCAACACCAUCCGUACAUUCUUGGCAUCCAAAUCAUAUAAUGGAUGGUAUGAACUUUUCUUCCGUAUUACCUUCAUCGCCAUAUACUGCUUUUCGUCGACAUAAUAAAUAUGAAAAGGGUAUUGAACGUGUAAUAAAAUCAAGUCGUUGGUAUCAACCAACACAAUUUGUUACUGAAAAGAAAAAUAAGCAUUUCAGUCCUACAAAAAUAUCAUGCAAUCAACAAGAAAAAUUGAAUUAUAAUCAUUAUGAUAUACCAAAAGUUUGCUAUGCUGAAAAAGAUAAUAAUUCCAAUGAAAUUAAACAAUGUUUCAGUCCUGAUAAAAGCGUAAUUUCUGGAUCAUGUAUUCAAGCACAAUCAAAAUAUUUGAUUAAUGAUAUCGAUUUUGACGAUGAGAAAAAAAGAUCUUUUGGUUGUAUCGAAUUAGAAGAAGUAACCGAUGACGAAGAAAACGAUAAACAAUUGUCAACUAAUAACAUAAAUAACCCAUCAACUGUAGAAAUUAUUAAUAAUAAAGAAAAUGAAAGAAAUACAUUAUUAGAACAUAUUGCUAAUAAUUUAGUCGAUUCUAUAUUAACUGAUGCAUUACUCUCAGAAAAACUUGAACAUGAUAAUGAUGAUGAUGAUGAUGAUGAUGAUACAAAUACGGGUGUUAGAGAAUUAUCUGAUGAUGAAAAUGGUCUUCGUGAGUUGGAUGAAAAUGAUUUGAGUGGUACAGAUGAAUUUAUUGUUUUUGCAACACAAGCAGAAGCAUCUGAUCAUGAUGAUGAUAAUGAUAAUGAUAAUAAUAAUCAAAUAUUAUCAGCUGUACCUCGAGGUAGUCUUAAUCGAUUAUAUACAUUCUCUAGAACAAAUGAUGAUACAACAAUUAAUUCAAAAACACAAUCUUCUAAUCAAGACUCUACAACAUCAGAACUAAUGAUUGUUGACAAGGAUAUAUUAAGAACUAAUUCUCUUUCGAAUAUAGAUUCAAACCAACCAGUUAAUACAAUGAUUAAUUCUGAUGAUUAUAAUAAUAGUUCUAAUACUUCAUCUCCUAUAUAUCGUUCACAUAUACAAAAACGACAUAUUAAUUUAGGUCGAUAUUAUGAUGGAAUGUUACGAGCUACAAAUAGUCAAAUACCAACACAUGAUUUACGUCCUAAUCUUGCUUUGAAUAAUACAGAUAAAACCCUAUCAUCUGAAGGCGUUAAUGAAGAAACUGUACGUCAAGGAAGAAUUUUACUUAAUAGUAUACCAAACGCUAUUGAUAUUAAAAAUGAAUCAACUGAAAAUGUUCAAAAUGCAUCAAUGCCUACUUCAUCAAUAUUGAAAAAUACUCGAUUUGCAUUAACAGAUGAAAUCGAUGAAAAAAAAUCUAAUGAUCAUAUAUUAAAAGUAGAAGAAAAAAAUGAAAUUUCUUCAAAAAAAAUUAUUACAACAACAAUAACAGAAGAAUAUCGUCGAAUACAAAGACAAAUUAUUGAAGAAUUUACUAACGAGUUCAAGGAUAAAAUAUGUCAAGAUUUUGAUUAUUCAAAACAACAAGAACAAUAUCAUAUUCAACAAUCAUUAAUACCAUCUGCUUCAAUAAAUGAUCAAUCACCAUAUCAAUUAUUAUCAGAAUGUUAUUCAGGUUAUUCUUUUAUUCGAAGUGAUUUUUUAACGCCAGUAACAACUCCAUUACGAUUAAAUGUUUCAUCAUUACAAUCGACAACUGAUGAAGCUUAUGAAUCUGAACCAACAACAAUAUCACCACGUUCACCAACAAUAAGUUCAUCACCAACUACAACAAUAGCCCAUGUCCAUCCGAAUCUUAUACAUGAAUUUGAAUAUCCAUCACCACCACCACCUGUACCUGAUCGACGUCUUAAACCAGCUCAUUUACGUCAACCACCUCCUGUAAAACCUCGCUCUCGUCAACAACAACAAAAGGAAUCAAAUGAUUAUAGUAAAAUAGAUAAAACACAAAUUUCACCAUUAACAACUAUUCAACAUAUAAUGGUAUCAACACCAAAUGAUUCAACAUCAUCUUCAAUACGAACAUUAAGUAGUAGACAUUAUUGUGGUUCAUUACCUUUAUCUAGUGAACCUGUAACAUCGUCGGAAUCUCCAACAAAAUUAAAAACAAAUGAAAUUUCAAGACAAGAUAGUAAAAUAGACAAUGCUUUAAAUUCAUCAACGAAUAAUGAUAAUGAUCAAAAAACUAUAUUAAGAAAAUCAACUUCAUCAUCCUUAAAUAGAAACAAACCAAAAAAACCAUCAUCGACAUAUUUUGAUGAAGCAACAAAUGGUUUAGCUAUUCGAUUACCAGCACCCAUGUCAAAAGGACAAGAUUCAACAAAUAAACAAAAUCUCAAUAGGUUAGUUCUUCCUAUAGGCGCAAAAAACACUAAAGAAAUUGAUAAAUAA